CCGCGCUGCCUGUAAACAAGCUUUGCUAACCCAGCGCAGCGCCUGGAGUGACAAAUUUCCCAGCCCCGUGCCAGGAGAGCCGGGGGCGCCUCAGCAGAGGAGCGGGGGGCGCCUCAGCAGAGGAGCGGGGGGCGGAGACAGGGCGACGGCAGGCCCGGAACCGGCAGGGCUGGCCCGGAGGAGGAGGAGGAGGAGAGCGCUGGGCAUGGCGGCGCCCGCAGCGCUGCAGCGGAGCGUGGUGUCCCCCGCGGGCAGGCACACCGCUUCCCUCAUCUUCCUGCACGGCUCAGGUGAUACUGGCCAAGGAGCAAGAGCAUGGAUAAAACAAAUUUUGAAUCAAGACAUGGCGUUCCAACAUAUAAAAGUAAUUUAUCCAACAGCUCCUGCCAGGCCAUAUACACCUUUGAAAGGAGCCUUUUCCAAUGUGUGGUUUGACAGGUACAAGAUCUGUAAUGACUGUCCUGAACACAUUGAAAGCAUUGAUUCCAUGUGCCAGGGCCUUACAGACCUGAUCAACGAUGAGGUUAAGAAUGGCAUUGCCAAGAACAGGAUACUCAUAGGAGGCUUUUCAAUGGGAGGUGGAAUGGCAAUGCAUUUGGCCUUUAGGUUUCAUCAGGAUCUGGCAGGAGUCUUUGCCUUGUCCAGUUUUCUGAAUAAAGACUCUGCUGUUUACCAGGCUUUGAAAAGAAAUGAAAGUGCUCUUCCAGAAUUAUUUCAGUGCCAUGGAACUGCCGAUGAACUAGUUCUCUACUCAUGGGGUGAAGAGACCAACAAGAUGUUAAAGUCUCUGGGAGUAUCAACAUCACUUCAUACUUUUCCAAACCUCAAUCAUGAGCUGAACAGAACUGAAAUAGAAAAAUUAAAAUCCUGGAUUGUAAAGAAAUUGCCUGUUGAAGCACCAAAGGCAAAUGAAUAAACAAAGAUCCAGCCUCACA